GGUUAUUUCUUAACCGGUUUUCAAUUCAAUUGAGAGAAGGUUUAUUGUAUUCGUCGUCUCCCAUCCGAUAAGAGAGAAAGAUAGUUUACAGUCACAGAGAUACUUUUCUCACUCAUCUCUCUCUUUCCCGCUUCCAUCCUUAAACCCCAAUUCUUCUCUUGCUCACAAAAACCCCAUCUUUUGGGUUUUGUUUUACAGUGAUGAUGAAACCUGCUUCUUUGCAAGGUUUCUCCUCACAGGCUUCCUCUCUCUACUCCGAUGUUCUCAGGCCAGCUACUACUCCUUCGAAAAUGGCAGCUUUUAGUGCUCUCUCGCUUUGUCCCUACACUUUCACCUUCCGCCAAAGCUCUCGAAUUAAGUCUACCGUUUCCUGUUCCGUCACUUCUGCUCCUGCUUCUGGUACAUCUUCAUCCUCUAAGACGCCGCGUAGAAGAUCAGGUCGACCAGAAGGAGUUGGAAAAAGCAUGGAGGACUCUGUAAAACGUAAAAUGGAACAGUUUUACGAAGGAACCGAUGGACCACCUCUCCGUGUUCUUCCCAUAGGAGGCCUUGGUGAAAUUGGAAUGAACUGUAUGCUUGUUGGAAACUAUGAUCGUUACAUUUUAAUCGACGCUGGUAUAAUGUUCCCUGAUUAUGAUGAGCCUGGAGUCCAGAAAAUAAUGCCAGACACAGGAUUUAUCAGACGCUGGAAACACAAAAUUGAAGCUGUUGUUAUAACGCAUGGUCAUGAAGAUCACAUUGGUGCGUUGCCUUGGGUCAUCCCAGCAUUGGACCCUAAUACACCAAUAUUCGCAUCAUCCUUCACCAUGGAGCUUAUAAAGAAGCGCUUGAAGGAGCAUGGAAUCUUCGUUCAAUCUAGACUUAAGACAUUUAGCACUCGAAGGAGAUUUAUGGCUGGACCAUUUGAGAUAGAGCCCAUUACAGUUACCCACUCUAUUCCUGAUUGUAGUGGUUUGUUCCUCCGUUGUGCUGAUGGUAAUAUUCUUCACACUGGAGAUUGGAAGAUUGACGAGGCACCAUUGGAUGGAAAAGUCUUUGAUCGUGAAGCUUUAGAGGAACUCUCAAAGGAAGGAGUCACGUUGAUGAUGAGUGACUCAACAAAUGUGUUGUCACCUGGAAGGACAAUUAGUGAAAAGGUGGUAGCAGAUGCUCUGGUAAGGAAUGUAAUGGCGGCCAAGGGAAGAGUAAUCACAACUCAGUUUGCCUCUAAUAUACACCGUUUGGGAAGUAUAAAAGCUGCUGCUGAUUUAACUGGUCGAAAGUUGGUCUUUGUUGGCAUGUCGUUGAGGACAUACCUAGAGGCAGCUUGGAGGGAUGGAAAGGCUCCAAUUGACCCGUCAAGUCUGAUAAAAGUCGAAGACAUUGAAGCAUAUGCUCCUAAGGACUUGCUGAUUGUCACAACUGGAUCACAAGCAGAACCACGCGCUGCCCUAAAUCUUGCAUCAUAUGGGAGUAGUCACGCAUUCAAACUUACCAAGGAAGACAUAAUUCUUUACUCUGCCAAGGUAAUCCCAGGCAAUGAAUCAAGAGUAAUGAAAAUGAUGAAUCGGAUAGCAGAUAUCGGGCCAAAUAUUAUCAUGGGUAAGAAUGAAAUGCUGCACACAUCUGGUCAUGCCUACCGUGGAGAAUUGGAAGAGGUCCUUAAAAUAGUGAAGCCGCAACAUUUCCUUCCCAUACAUGGAGAACUUUUGUUUCUUAAGGAGCAUGAGUUGCUCGGGAAGUCUACUGGGAUUAGACAUACUACUGUUAUAAAGAAUGGAGAAAUGCUUGGAGUUUCUCACCUAAGAAAUAGAAGGGUUUUGUCCAAUGGAUUUAGCUCUCUUGGGAGGGAGAAUUUGCAGUUAAUGUAUAGUGAUGGUGAUAAAGCAUUUGGCACAUCAAGCGAACUAUGCAUUGACGAACGACUAAGAAUUUCUUCUGAUGGCAUUAUAGUUCUGAGCAUGGAGAUCAUGCGCCCGGGAGUCUCAGAAAACACUUUGAAAGGAAAAAUAAGAAUCACAACGCGGUGUAUGUGGCUUGACAAAGGAAGACUUUUAGAUGCACUUCACAAAGCAGCUCAUGCUGCUCUAUCAAGUUGUCCUGUGAAUUGUCCCUUGUCUCACAUGGAAAGAACAGUCUCCGAAGUGCUGAGGAAGAUUGUAAGGAAGUACAGUGGUAAAAGGCCUGAAGUCAUUGCUAUAGCCACUGAGAAUCCAAUGGCAGUCCGUGCUGAUGAGGUCAGUGCGAGACUGUCUGGUGAUCCAAGUGUUGGUUCUGGAGUUGCAGCUUUAAGGAAAGUUGUUGAAGGAAAUAACAAAAGAAGUCGACCGAAGAAAGCACCUUCACAAGAAGAUUCCCAAAAAGAAGUAGAUCUCACUUUGGAAGAUGAUAUUAUUGAUAGUGAUGCAAGACUACUGGCUGAAGAAGAAACUGCAGCAUCAACAUACACAGAAGAAGUUGAUAUGCCCGUCGGGAGUUCUUCUGAAGAGUCGGACGAUUUUUGGAAAUCAUUCAUCAAUCCAUCAUCAUCACCUUCACCGAGUGAAACUGAAAAUGUGAAUAAGGUAACUGAUACGGAGGCUAAAACAGAGGAUAAGGAAAGCAGCAGAGACGACGAUGAUCCAUCUGAUACUUCAGAUUCUGAAACCAAGUCAUCACCAAAACGUGUGAGGAAGAACAAAUGGAAACCGGAGGAGAUAAAGAAGGUAAUCAGAAUGAGAGGAGAGCUGCACAGUAGAUUUCAAGUGGUGAAAGGUAGAAUGGCAUUGUGGGAAGAGAUCUCUUCAAAUCUAUCAGCUGACGGAAUCAAUAGAAGUCCGGGACAAUGCAAAUCUCUGUGGGCAUCACUUAUUCAGAAAUACGAGGAGUGCAAGGCUGAUGAAAGAAGCAAGACGAGUUGGCCACAUUUUGAGGAUAUGAACAACAUUUUGUCAGAGUUGGACACAUCUGCGUCUAAAUUCUGUUGUACAUUGAACCAAAAGUUAAAGUGGGAAAUGACGGUUUCACCCUUACGGCAGCUUAGUCUGCCGCGGUUCGAUGCUCCACCGUCAAUCGCAGGUCGCAGCCGUGGCAAUUUUGAAGAAGAAGAGAGAUGCCGAAGAGAACGACUCACACGUACUCGAGCGAGGACGCAGCGCCGGAUGGACCCGACUCUGAUCUCUUCGUUUACUACUGCAAGCACUGUGGUUCUCAUGUCCUUAUCACCGUUGCAGAAGAUGCCAAAAAGGAAAACCGACAGAUCGAAUGUACUUGACAAGAAGAAGCACCUUGCUAGGUUGAAUGUCAGCGAGGGAGGAAAAGUUUUAUUGAAACGUGGCGAAGGAAAAAUGGAGAGACAGUUUAGAAUGAACUGUAUCGGUUGUGAGCUUUUUGUUUGUUAUCGUGCUGAAGAGAAUCUGGAAACAGCGUCUUUCAUUUACAUUGUUGAUGGAGCACUUAGUGCUGUUGCUGCAGAAACUAACCCACAGGAUGCACCUGUACCUCCCUGCAUUUCACAACUCGACGGUGGACUUGUUCAGGUUGCAAUAGAAGUGGAAGACCGUGCACAACGUUCUGCAAUCACAAGGGUAAAUGCUGAUGAUGUUCGUGUGACUGUUGCCGCACCAGCAGCUCGUGGGGAAGCUAACAACGAGCUUCUGGAAUUCAUGGGAAGGGUUCUUGGUUUGAGGUUGAGCCAGAUGACUCUCCAAAGAGGUUGGAAUAGCAAAUCAAAACUCCUUGUGGUGGAGGAUUUAUCUGCUAGACAAGUGUAUGAGAAGCUUCUUGAGGCCGUUGUACCGUAAAGUCUGCAGUUUGUGGCUGGUGAACGACAUUAACUGAAGCUCUGCAACUCUUUCGUUAACACCCUUUAUUGGUUUGUUGCAGAGAAGACCGAGUUUCAUAUUUUACUUGAGAAGAUAGUUAUAAACAAAUUUCUUUCUU